GGCGGUCGACGGAUGUUGGAAGGAUACAAACUGGUUGGCGUGAGCUAUCGCUCAAUUCGAAUUUGUUAUGAUUGUUCAUACUGAACUUGGGUGAAAGGAUUAUCCACGAGGAUACAAUAUGUACAAAAGGAGGAAAAAAGUUCAUCCUCAGGCUUCGAGUACGCUGAUCGGAGGGGAAGAGUUCCUAGUUGGCUCGAGUCAAUCGAGCGUUUCCACUUCGUUCAGCGGUUCGUCCAUCACGUCGAAGCCAUCCUCGCCGCCGUUGGAUAAGGAAAAUGUCAACACCCUUCAAAGUUCCCAAAGGGACGCGAUCGAUAUUCCAGGCCGGAAGACGGCUAAAUUCAACGAAAUGCCUUCGAGAAGCCGAUCUCCUCGUAAAGUCGACGUAAUCCCGAAUAUUUCACCUGACUCCUUCAGCCGAAUAAGCUCAGUAUCCGAGAAAAAGUUCGACUUCUUGGAAGAGACCCUUCUUAGUGCCGGCUUUGUCUUGUGCAAAGAUAUGAGUCAUAACACCCUGAAACAAGAUCAAGCAGUUUUUAUACGGAAUGUAUCAAAAGCUUUAUCUUCAUCAAAAGAAAAAGAUGUGAUCAAGAAAUUUUUGUUGGAAUUAAAAAAUUAUUUAUCAAACAAGGAAUUAUUCAAAAUAUCUUUACUACCGACAAAGACUUGCUGUGAGGUAAAUAUUGCAAGGGGUGAGUACCAAGGCAGCCUCAUAAGACUUCUGCUUACCAUCGAAUGCCUGCAGCCGAGUUUAAUUGAAUUUUUGCUGAAUAGUUUGAGUGAAAACAUAACACCUGUUAAAGGAGGAGCUGAUGAAGAAUGCACAAUGUGGGUGAAGAUGAUUCUUCAACCUAUGCGGUUUUUACCAAAAAUAAUUGAGCCGGCUGUAGUCACACAAAGGUUAUUUGAUGUAAUUCAUUCAACUUCUGCUGUUGUUCUUCAACAUGAAAUAAUUACUUGUCUACCAGAAAUCAUUGCCGAUGAACAGAGGGAAGAAGUUUCAAAGGAAUUAUUAGAUUUGCUGAAAGUUUCUCCUAAUUUGACACCUACAAUACUUAAUGCUCUUUCGAACUUUUGCCUAGAGGGUGAUUGCCGCUUUGAACUCCAGAUGAAUCUCAUAAGGUCAUUGAGGAGGACAGAAAUAAGUCAUGUCGCCUCAUAUAUGAGCUUUAUAAUAGCUUCUCCUCCUAUAAACCAUUUAGAUGAGAUUUUUAAUGGUUUGCGAUCAGAAUUGGUUUUGUGCCAUGCGGGUGACCACUUGACUCAACAAAUAAGCUCUGAUGAUCGCAGCAGUGUUUUGUCUUUGAUUUUUGAAAGGAUUCGAAGCCAGAUUUUACUGAAUAAAAAAUUUGCUGACAUUUGGUUGAAAAACAUUGGGAAAAUAAAAUCUCACAAACAACACAAGCCCAUUGAUCUUUUGAUCUUAAUAAUUCUUUAUUCUGUCGCCACGGAUGUCUUGAAAAAGAGAGCCAUUGAGAACUUGAUAAAAACCAAAAUCAGAACUGGACAUUUUCAAACUUCUCUCAUCGAUGAAACAUUAGAUGCUGCUUUAAUUGUUAUUGUAACAUACUUCAAUGAUUUGCUUAAACUCAUGUCUACCUUAUUAGUAGUGAACGAUGUCAUCAUCUCAAAAUAUUUUUUCUUGUUUUAUGUGAGCUGUUUUAAAAAGAUGGAGUCUUACCAUAGAAAAAUGAUUAUUAUUAAUCUUAUUGAUUGUGUGACAAAGAACAUCAACGUCUCAAAACCAGUAUUAAACGUUUUGCAAUAUCUUACAGAAAAUUACACAUCAUUUAUAUCACCUUUUGCGACUCGAAUCACACAUCUGCUGGACUUGGUUGGUGAAAUGAAUACUGGUGAGAUAAGGGAAUUGAUGGAUAUUCUAUGUACAAUGGCUUUCAGUGAUGCUUCCAUUGAUUCGAGCGCUUCAUUCCAGGAUGAAAUUUAUAUGAUUGCUCAGAAACAGCUUUGUUGCCCUGAUCCGAAAAUUUAUAGAAGUGGCAUUGUUUGUGCAAUUACUGUUGUUAAGUUCAUGGUUAACAUGCAGGGUGAUGAAAUGAACGUAACACCUGAAAACUCUGAAUUAAUUAUGUUGAACCCACAAUCAGAAAAGGCAUUUAAUCUAUUAGAAUUAGUUUUGAACGGGACACAGUGUGCUUCAGAAGAUGGUGUUUUAAUUUAUGACCAAUUAUCUUUUGCAAUAAUGACUUGUCCAAAUAUGGAUAAAGCAUUCAAGAAAAAAGUGUCUCAGAUAAUGCAAGGAUCUUUCCAAACUCACUAUGUCAUCGCUAGUUCUAGUUUCAAGAAAAAUGAUGACUUGGAAACAUCAUUGGAGUACUGUCUAGACAACGACUUAGAAGAUCCCAUUGCAUUGAAUAUAGUUGGUGCCAUUCUAGAAGAGAGAAACAGAAGCCAAAUGUCACAUUCUAAGGUCAUCACAUUGCCAAGCUUGUUGCGGGUCAUUAGGGCUUUGGAAUUGGCAGACCUCAGUGAAAUAGAUGCUCUACUCGGGUGUGCAGUUGUUUUUCCGUCUUUCACUUUCUACUCCAAGUUUGGCUUGGUAGAACCUUAUUUCCAAAAAAUAGGUCUAGACGCUCUUUUUCAUACUUGCAACUGGUUCCGAGAGUCGAUUAAUUCCUUUGUUUAUCUUAUCAAAGAAGGUUCUCCAGACAAUAUUUUAAUUAGGCUUCGAGGGAUAGUUCAACUGCAAAACAUGAUUGCUAGCUGUUUAGCUCAAGCAGUUGCUUACACUCCUCCUCAGUAUUUUCUAGAUGAGAACAGUAAAACUGUCAACCUCAGAGAAAAAACCAAAAGGAUAAAAAAACCUGUAAACAAAAGCAAUAGAAAGAAGAACGAAAAAGAAAAUGAAGAUGAAGAAACUUUAGAUGAACCACCUCCAACACAGGCUGAGAGUGAUGAGGGAAAAGAGGAAGAUGAGUUUAUAGCUGUUGAAUUUUCCAAAUUAAGGAAUUAUAUGAGAGAAUUAGAUUUUGAUGUGUUCCUUUUAUUAACACAUCCAUUGAACCUCCACCCUCAGCCAGUAAAUGGGAGUAACAUAACUCCAGAAUUUGGACCCAGCGAACUCAUGCUUAUAUUAGAAGAUUUGAAUGCUAAACUUAAGUUCUGCCUUGAGGUAAAAAAACCUCUUCAGGUUAGACAAGUUAAUGGUUUUGAGAAUUUGAUGAAUAUUCCUAUUAAUCUAAUUGUGAGGAACACUACAAAGUUAACAAACCACAUAGCUAAUCAGUUACAGAAGAUUGUGGAACAUUUUCAUCAUCUUUGUGAAAUCCAUGACAACAUUAUGGAUGUACCAAGCAUGUUUGGGUCAGGCAUGAGUGAUCUUAAAAAAUGUACAGCAUUAAUCUUCAGUGUUUACAACACAUAUUUUUCUUGGCCUGAACUUAAAUCUGAUGAAUAUAUAAAAUGCUUAUUAAAAUGUGCAUUAAAAUUGGGAGGCCAGUCAGUUGACAAAGGGAAGGGUGUGACUAUUAAUUUCAGUCUACAAUCCGGAAUCAAUUAUUUAAAAACAAUUUCAAAGUGCAUGUUGGACUUGUGCUCAGCAGUGAAUCUAGUUGUAUUGAUAGAUACGCUGAGGAAUCUCCAAGAUGGAAAUGAAGAAGACAAUAAAAUUGUAAAACUUGAUGAAAUUUGUGAGUAUUAUUUGAAAAGAAAGUGGUACGAUUUUAAAGGGGUCGAGGUAAAAGGUACACUGCUAAACCAACAGAUGAACAAGCUUCUUGAGUUGUUUUUCAUCGAUGGAGAGAUUGAGAAUAUUUCUCGUACUCUACUCUGGAUAACAGAUGAAAUUGGGGUUUUAGACGAAAACAAAAAUCUAAAUUCCUUUCCGCAUUUUAACAAGGGCAAUUUGCACAUAUUGAUAUCCUGCUUGUGCAAAUGUUUAACAAAUGUAACCAAGAAAGGGCUUGAGGGAAAGGAUUUCAAAGAACAGUUGGCGGUUUGGGAAAGAGUGAUCAACUGCCUACAACAACUGGUGCUAGUAAUCAAAGCUCAGGACACAAAACUAAAUCUUCGCCAAUUUUUAAAGGGUUGCUUGCCAGUGUUGAAGCUGUUUUUAUCGCAAGGUAUGAACGUGUUUUCCGUCAUGUUCAAAAUAGAAAUGAACACCGUUUCACAAUGUUUAAAAAAUCUCCAAGUAAUCACUAGAUACAUUCAGAACAUCUGCAACUAUAGCAAAGUCAGCAAAGAUAACUCAUUGAUACAGCAGCUACCAAGCUUAAGAGGGAUUUUGGAGAUGAUCCUUCUUUCUGUGAAAAAUAUGAUCCUACAGAAUAAGUGUGCUGAUGCAUUUUUUAUGGGCAGCAUGAAAAACAAAGACCACCAUGGUGAAGUAAUUGCAUCACAAGAACUUACAGAUACAAGGGAAGAUGAUGAACCAGAAGCUCAAGAUGUAGAAAUGGCUGAAAGUGAUAAUGAAGACAUUACAAAUGCAACAAGUGGCUCACUCAGUGAUACCUGUUAACAUUUUGAAUAAAUAUGUUUUAUAUUAGUA